CGGGAGCCGCGACACAGGAGAGGCGGCCGGGGCUGAUCGCGCGGUUGCCGCGCGCCGUCGAGCCUGCGCCGCGGCGCGGGAGGGAGCGAGCUCGGGUCCCGUCGCUGGCGCCAGCAAUGGCGACCUACGUGAGCGAGCUGGAGGCGGCCAAAAAGAACCUGAGCGAGGCGCUGGGCGAGAACGUGAAGCAAUACUGGGCAAACUUGAAACUUUGGUUUAAACAAAAGAUCAGCAAAGAAGAGUUUGACCUAGAAGCUCGCAGACUUCUUACACAAGAUAAUGUCCAUUCUCACAAUGACUUCCUCCUGGCUAUUCUGACCCGAUGCCAAAUCAUGGUUUCUGCACCAGAAGGUACUGGAUCUUUGCCAUGGACUGGGGGUUCUGUGACAAAACCUGGAAAACCAAAAGGAAAGAAGAAGAUUUCUUCAGUUCGGCAGAAGUUUGAUCACCGGUUUCAACCUCAGAACCCAUUGUCUGGAGCACAGCAAUUUGUAGCAAAGGACCCUCAAGAGGAUGAUGAUCUGAAGCUAUGUUCCCACACCAUGAUGCUUCCUACUCGGGGCCAGCUGGAAGGGAGGAUGAUAGUAACUGCAUACGAACAUGGGCUGGACAACGUUACCGAAGAGGCAGUGACAGCUGUUAUUUAUGCUGUAGAGAACCACCUUAAGGAUAUUCUGAUAUCUGUGAUAUCCAGGAGGAAAGCCUAUCGUCUGAGAGAUGGUCAUUUCAAAUAUGCCUUUGGAAGCAAUGUUAACCCUCAGCCAUACCUGAAGAACAGUGUUGUUGCUUACAAUAAUUUAAUUGAAUGUCCUCCCACUUGCGUGGCACCUUCUGCUGGUCAGAACCUAGCUCCCCAACCUCCUCCUGAUGAUGCUGAGCAGCAGGCAGCUCUCCUCUUAGCAUGUUCAGGAGACACUUUACCAAUGAGUCUCCCUCCAGUGAAUAUGUAUGACCUUUUUGAGGCACUACAGGUGCACAGGGAAGUUGUUCCUGCACAUACUGUCUAUGCUCUGAACAUUGAGAGAAUCAUCAUGAAACUUUGGCACCCAAAUCAUGAGGAGCUUCAGCAAGACAAAAUCCAUCGCCAGCGCCUGGCAGCAAAGGAAGGGCUUCUGAUAUGCUAGAACAGCAGAGACCCUUUCCAUUGUGCUCAGAUCCACCUGCUGUUUCUUGGACUCAGCCGUAGGACGCUUCCAUUGAAUCGUAUGUCAGCAUUUCGAGAGAGAGAUGUCUAAAUACAUGUAACCUUUUCCUAUGGAAAUACAAAUGAAACAUAGUACAUCUUGUUUGCUACCACAAAGCCACAUUGUAAUCAAAUACUGUGCCACUGACUGCUUGGGACUGCAUGUACCUCACUGCAUUUGAAAAGGAAUGGAAGAUCGGUUCAGAAAAAAGUACUUAAAUUUAAGAAGAUCGAUUCAUGUUUUCUUUAAUGAGCCCAAGGGUUGUGUUGGCAGAUAGCCACCGGCACUAGACAGUCUGACAGACUUUAUGGGUUAUUUCUCAUUUUCCUAAAUAAAUAAACCACUGCAUUCAGGA